CCCAUCUGCUAUUUGUCCAUUUUUGACUAUGUUUGCGUAUACGGAAGUGCUGUUAAGUGUCAGGGUCUAAUGGUGUCAAAAUGAUUGGGGAUUUCUUGAUUUUUGGGACCCUGCUCAUGAACGCUGGUGCUGUGCUAAACUUUAAGCUGAAGAGAAAGGACACGGGCAGUCACGGAUUUGGAGAUGAGCCUAGAAGACCAACGACAGGUGACAACAUCAGGGAGUUCCUGCUCAGUCUACGAUACUUUCGGAUCUUCAUUGCAUCAUGGAAUAUCUUUAUGAUGUUUUGCAUGAUUGUAUUAUUUGGAUCAUGAUCUCCUUUACUGACGAGGCUUUCCCAAAAGAGAGACGACACAUCUAAAUUACACAUCUAUGGUGGGGAUUGGAUAUGCUAAAUCGUUCUGUACAUUUUCCUGCUUCAUUAUUCCCUUGCCUGUUGCUUUGUAAUAUAUCACAGUGCACACAAAUAUAUUUGUGGAAUUUGUAUGUUUAGCCAUUUCCUGGACUUGUUAUUUGUUACAACUCUGAAUAGUCAUUAAUGCUAACAAAAGGAAUGUUACGUUCCUUUUUGGCUUAUUCACAGUCAUAUCCAAGUUCAUACAUUUUAUAUUUUGUCUUCACGUUCUGAACAUAGUAGGAUAAUGACAAUAAUGACCUUCUCGUAUUGUUUUAGCCUUUUCCCAUGCAAAGGCUUAUGCAGUCAGACUUCAUUGUAUAGCCUAAAUGCACCAAAGGAUACUGUUGCGUUAUCCAUGGUCCAGUUUUGUAUAAUAAACUUUUACUCUGAAAUCUA